AUGUCUCGAAUAAUAUCCCAAAGAUUUGCCUUACAAACUCCGGUAAGAAUACUAAUACCCCAACAUGUACAACAACAUCAUCGAUAUUUAUCCUCGAUUACGAAAUUUGACACCAAGAAAUUCGUACAGACAUUGCAAGAAAAAGGUGGAUUUGAUCAAAAACAAGCAGAAGCCGCUGUGAAUGUCGUCAAUGCCGCUAUUAAUGACGGGGUAAUUUCAAUCACCAGAAAUCUAGUCACCAAAGAAACAUUAUCAUCUACAGCCUAUCAACAAAAAGUCGAUUUUGCAAAAUUAAAAGGAGAAUUACAAACUAUGGAUAAGACUGAAUUCACCAAUUUAAAAAAAGAACAAGAAAGAUUACGUACUGAUUUAACCAAUUUAAAAAAUCGAUUAAAAGAAGAAAUCACCAAAAAUCAGGCUGGAGUAAGAUUGGAUUUAAAUUUAGAAAAGGGGAGAAUUAGAGAAGAAAGUUCUCUGCAUGAACUGAAGAUUGAAGAUACUUAUACUAGAAUUGAUGAAGAAAUUGCUAAUAUGCAUAUGCAAAUUAAAUCAGUCAAGACUCAAGUUAUGCAAUGGUUAAUUGGGGUAUCAUCUGGUACUUUUGCUUUGAUGUUAGCAUUCGCCAGAUUCUUUGGUUAG